AUGGCCAAAGGAAGCAAAGCUUCGCAGCGGAAGCUCAGAGCGAGCCUGGGCGACAGCUGGGACGAUGCUAACUAUUCCACCGACGGCGGCGCUUCCACUGCAGGCGAGAGCCAUAGUGAAAUUGAACUCGAGCUUUCCGAUAAUGAAGCCGUGCAAGACAGGCAUGUCAACUUGUCGCUGUCACCGCCUGGAAAAACCACCAUGUCAUCCACUCGUCGCAAAGGUCUUUCGUCUCAGUCCGCCCCGGAGGAAAUCACUACUAGAAAUAUGAAGUCAUCCGAUAUCGAGCGCACUCCACGAGCUUCCCAGCCGUCACAGUCCCCUACGCAAUCAGAGCAGACUGGGCCCAGCUUCAUCAUGCCGAAGCUGGAAAGUUCAAUACACUCUUCCAACGGUUCUCCGUCGCGCAGGUCACAAGUGCGCAGUAGAAACAUACGGAAUAAGACUCCACACCUCCGAGCAUCUGACCGAUCUUCUACAUCGUACACUCCUGCUGCCUCAAAAAAGGCACGGCCAGCAUCAUCGCCUGAGCGACCACAAGUCCCAACCAUCAUGCACUACAUCCGCCUAUUCUACGAAAACUUUGCGACGCCUGUGAUACGUUAUGCAGUGGGCGUUUUCGGUCAUGCAAUGGGCAACUUGCAGCCUUUCCUCGGGCUUGCACUUGCUGUUUUGUUCCUAAUUUUUGGCGUGCAAUGGGCUGUCGGUUCCUUUCGCUCUGGACUCACAGUCGCUCUAUCACCAAUUUGUCUUAUUCCUGGCUCAUCCUAUAUCGUACCCUUCUGCGCGAUCGGUACUCAUGACGACCCGCGGGUAGACUUUGAGGGCUUACUGGAUGCGCAGUCAGGCCUUGAGGAGAUUCUGGAUGCAUCCAAGGAUACCUCGACACUUCCAUCAACCAUCAAAGAUUCCGAAAUCGCAAUCCGCGACCUGCGCACCCUAGUCCGCCACUCUCGCCUACCUUCUCGACACCAGCUCGACCUGGAAUUUGAAAACUUUGUUCUUACAGCUAAUGAGGCAUCUGUGGACCUUUCUCGCUACAACUCUCGCAUCGGGGCGACCAUGGACCGCAUAAUCGCAACAAACACCUGGACGAUGGCGGUCCUCUCUGGCCUGUCCGAGCAAGAAGCCUCGUACGGUGCACUCGAUCGCGUCUAUGGCGCUCUUACCCGACCUUUCCUUGCACCACCUCCUACGCUGCAACAACGUGUCUUCGACCAGUAUCUUCUCCAUGUGAGCAAGAACAAAGAAGAGAUCACGAAGCUUAUUGAGACAGCCGUCGCCCUUCUUUCUGUUUUGCAGAAUCUGGACGAAAGAUUGGAUACCAUAUACCAGAUUGCGAUAAACGACGACGUUACCAUUACCAAGAAUCAAGAGGAACUUCUUGCUCAGCUUUGGACGAAACUAGGUGGCAACAACGCCAAGGUGAAAGCCCACAACAAGCAAUUGCACCUUCUCAGGAACAUUUCUGCGUACCGCAAGAAGGCGCUCGUGCAUGUGUCCGAAACGCUCCUUAAGCUCAGAGAAAUCCAGGCAGAACUGGAGAACUUACGGGAAGGCAUUGCGGCGCCGGAGAUUCUUGGGUGGAGGGACGAGCUGCCCAUGACGUAUCACUUGGAUCUGAUUGAGAAGGGCGUUGAGCGAUUGAGGAGAGCGAGAGGAGAGAGUAUGAGAGUGGAAGGGGAAACCUAUAGGAGACUGGUCCGCGGUAGUGAGGAGGGAAGGGCGAGGGAACUGCCUGCGCCUGCCGUCACUGUGAGGACGAAGUAG